GUAACACCCCAUAUUUUUAAGCCUGUUUUAUUAUUUUGUAAUUACGAUUAUUAACAUAAUUACGUCCUAAAUUUUUCCGAAAAUAUUUUAAGAGCAUUUUUACUUCUAAAUUAUUACUUUCAACAAUUUAAGUUUUAAUAAAAGCCUAGUAAUGUUUUAAAAGAGAAAAUGCCCACCUAAUUUAUGUAGUGUUGUACGUAAGUACAACCUUCCAUAUUUGAGCCCAUGUUUUACACCUAAAACUUUAAUUUUUAUCACCCAAAACUUGAAAAUACCAUUUCACCCUUAUUUCAUUUACCUAAGGAAAGGAAGUCAAUUCCUUCUUCUCCACCAUUUCCAUACGUGUAAAUGGCAAAUUCAAAGCUAUGCAUUUUUGCCAAAUGUUCAAAAUCUUCUUUCUUCUUUUGACUCAUGAGCUCCUAAUUGUUGUCUAUUGGUAUUUUGCCGCAAGUUUCAUCAUUUUCCAUGGUAUUACAUAACCAUGGUUUCUCAAAUGUGAGCUCAUUGCUUACGUUUUUAUACCCUUUUAACUCUAUAAAUAUCUGCUCAAUUGCCGGUUAAUUUCUAAGUUAAAUUGUACCAUCAGUUUCGUAUUCUACCCAAAAAUUUAAGAGUUUUUCCCACUUUCUCUCUCCUCUAUUUUCAACCACCACGGCACCACCCCUUCGACCACCGCUGCUGCAUUACCUGUCGGCGACUGCUUCCUUGCCGACGGCCAGCCACCACUCAUUUUUCGGCGCUAUUGUUGUUUGCUGCAAUCGUUGUUUCCAUUGUUGACGAUGUCAUUGGCUCGUUGCUAAGUUCCUGCUAUUUCUUCCAUUUUCCUUUUCAUUCCAAAUGACCCAAAGUCAAAUGACAAGCCCAAUUCUUAUUUGAAGGAACAUAAAUUAAAGGUGGGCCUAAGUCUCAUUUAUUUUGUUUUUAAACGAAUUGAAAUGCUAAUUUGGAAAAAAUGACUACACUAAACUCUAAAAGUCAAAGUAUAUUACUAAUAAAGUUUCUAACUUGUUCUUUAUAUUUGUUUGAACAAUAUACUUAUGGGGUUAAGUGGAAGGAAUUAAGUUUUGGUUAACAAUUACUGGAAGAGACGUUCGUAUGAUUAAGGUUACGCAAUGGAGCAAGGUAAUUAUUAUGUCUAGCAUUUUAUCUUAUAUGCCCGUAUAUGUUAUGUAAUUUUUAUGUCCAGCAUUUAAGCUUUAUAUGCCCGUAUAUAACAUGUGUGACUAUUAUGUGAUUAUAUGUUUAUUAUGUGUUUUAUGUGAUAAAUGAUGAUAUAUGUUUAUGAUUAUGAUCAUGACGAUAUGUUAAAGUAUUUUAUUAUUUUAUGAUGUUAAAGACGUUGUUCGGAAAUAAUUAUGAUAUUUAUAAAGUUAUUUUAAAGAAAGACGAUGUUGCUUUUGUCGGCAUGGAAAAGUGAACUGAACUAGUAAAUGGGCAAGUUACAGGUAGAGGCAAGUUAAAGUUUGGGAAACAGUUCCCCCCUGAAAAGAUGUAAGAAAAGUCCCGCCAAAGCCUGUACUUGCCAAUGAGCUGUAAAGGAAAUGAUUCCUUGCCGGCACAGUUUUCAAGAUAACGAGAUUAAAUUAGUUAUUUCCGAACAAUAAAUGCUAAUGAUUGAUAUGUGCCAAAUGAUUUUCAAAAUAAAACCGUUUUGACGGGCUGGAGUAAUAUUACUGAGUUUUCCACUCAUUUUUGUAUUUUCUGUGUUUUUCCUGUUUUCUAUUUUUAUGAUGAUGCACAGGUUCGAUUAAGGAGCUCAAGUUGCGCAAACGAUAGUUAUUACUGGAGUUGGUUAUUUAUUAUGGAGAUAUCGAGACGAGGAAUUAUUUACUAUGGAAAUCCUGUUAUUGAGGUUGUUAUAAGAAUAUUGAUUUAUAUUUAUUUUAUGGGAAAGUUGUAUUAUUUAUGGAAUGUUUUUAAGGAUUAUUUUAUUUGUGGGCCCAUACCCACAGGUCCCAGGAUUAAUUACGCCUAAUUCCGCUGCUAAUGAUCAGCUAAGUACGGUUUAUUACCGAUAUUUAAGGAGCCGAAAGGUCGGGACGUUACAGUAUGGUAUCAGAGCGGAGCCCAGCCGGAAGUGCUCUGCACUGCCUGGUGGAAGGAAUUAAGUUUUGGUUAACAAUUACUGGAAGAGACGUUCGUAUGAUUAAGGUUACGCAAUGGAGCAAGGUUCGAUUAAGGAGCUCAAGUUGCGCAAACGAUAGUUAUUACUGGAGUUGGUUAUUUAUUAUGGAGAUAUCGAGACGAGGAAUUAUUUACUAUGGAAAUCCUGUUAUUGAGGUCCCAGGAUUAAUUACGCCUAAUUCCGCUGCUAAUGAUCAGCUAAGUAUGGUUUAUUACCGAUAUUUAAGGAGCCGAAAGGUCGGGACGUUACAUGUAGCGAAAGCCUCGGCCGGAUGUGAAGUGGUUAACUCUACUCAUCUUCCCCUGAAAAGAAGUUUGGUACUCUGUUUGCAUGGUUCCUGAAUUAAUGAGGCUUGUUUCGGGCCAAUUUAUCACAUAUGCACAAACAAGCAUUGAACACAAAUACACAACUACAUUCGAGAAAUUAAAAAGUAAUGAUACUAACAUGCAUCCGUAUAGGCACACAUGUUUAGGGAGUUGUGUCAUGGCAUUGGGAAAAAUGUCUAACACGUGACAGUGUGACGAUAAAUGCUUCCCUAAAAUUGAUAUCCUUUGCCCUUAUUAUUACACACUUGAAGCAUAUUGAAACUUAGGUGUAAUUUCAUGAUUUGGAAAUAAGGUUUCUAAUGAAAGUUACAGAGACAUGGUCUGUCGAAAACUGAUAAAAUAUAUUAUUGAUGGGAAAUAUAAUAUUGUGUUGUGUUGUACGGGGGCAUACACUUCUAUUUAUAAUACAAACUAGAUCUCCUACUUUUUAUAGGUUUUCUAAUUCAUAUAGAAUUUUAUCUUAUAUCAUAUAGCUUAGUUAUCCUCAAUACCCUCCCGCCAUCGGAACGGCAGUUUCAUGAACGUUGCGAUUGGAGAAAUAAAAAAAUAUGUCAUAUGCUUGUCCUGUCGUGUCAAAGAGUCCUGUCGUUACUGUCGUUUCAAGGAGUCCUGUCGUUUCGUACAAGGAAAAAAAAUAUCAUAUGCCUGUCUUAUCGUGUCAAGGAGUCCUGUCGUUACUGUCGUU